AUGAUUUUCAUCCUAAUUAUCUCAUCACUUGUAUUCAUAGAUUAUGCUCGAACUGCGGACUCAAAUAACAGUUUUCAAACCCCGCCAAAAUAUAAAUGGGCGGGAUGUGAGAAUCUUGGAAAAUGCAAACUCGAUGGAUUCGCAAAACCUACGCUCCUGAUACUCAGUUUUGAUGGAUUUGCUAAAGAAUAUUUGGAAAGAAAAAUAGUAAAAUCUCUCGAAUUGAUAGCGGAAUGUGGAGCCCGAGCAGACACUGUAUAUCCAUCUUUUCCAUCAAAAACGUUCCCAAAUCACUAUACAAUGGUAACUGGACUCUAUCCAGAAUCACACGGAAUCACUGAUAAUAAUGUGUUUGAUCCUAAAAUUUCGCCGGAUCUUCUGGCAAUGAGGAAAUCGGAAGCAGAAAAAUAUUAUGAAGGGGAGCCGAUUUGGUCAGCAUAUAAAAGACUAACAGGACGUCCAGCUCAUUGUCUUUUCUGGGUUGGAUGUUAUUUUAACCAUACAGGAUAUAAACCAGAUAUCUCUCCAGAUUACAAUCAAGAGUUACCAUUGCAAGAGAGAAUAAAUACUCUUCCAGAAAAGGAGAGACCUGGGCUUAUCACUGCAUAUCUUCACCAACCAGAUGCGGCAGGACACAAACAGAAAGAUAUCGAUCAAGCUUUAGAAGAUGUGAAUCGAUACAUUGAUGCUUUGAUGGAAAAUCUUUAUGAUGAAGGGCUUUUGGAGUGUAUAAACAUAGCAAUAGUAUCGGAUCAUGGAAUGCAGGUUCUCAAUAAAACAAUUGAAGUCGAAGAUUAUGUGGAUAUGAAAGGGUUGGUACUUUCAAAAGGAGUGGUUGCGAGGAUUCAUCUGAAUGGAACUGAUAGAACCAUUGAUGAAGUGGCGGAUGAAAUAAGAUGCAAAGUCGAUGGAAUAAAAGUGAAUACUGUAAAAGAUAUUCCAGUGAGAAAGCAUUAUUCAAAGUCUACUCGGGUCGGAGAUUUAAUUAUCGAGGGAAAGCCAGGAACUACGUUUUAUAAAAGUGCAAGCGACGGAGGAGAUCAUGGCAAUGACUAUUACAACGAGAACAUGCAUACUGUAAUGUUCGCUCGUGGUCCAUCCUUCCGAAAAAAUGUAAAAGCUCCACCGUUUCAAAAUGUUCAGUAUAUGAAUCUAUGGCUGGAUUUGUUAGGAUUGAAAGGAGCUGUAAAGAACAAUGGAACUAUUGGAUUCUUUGAUAGUAUACUCAAAAAUCCUCCAAUUAGGGAAAAUAAUUGGAGUUCUAUGGAAGAAUGUCCAACUUUUGGUUCAGCUGAUGUUCUUCCAUGCAGCGAAAGACAAAUUAAUUAUCUGAAGAAACUCUCUACCCAUUUGAAUUCUUGUCAAUCUAUCAGAAGCUUACCACUUUACUCCACUGAUCAUUGUUUUCAAAAAAAUUGUGACAAUGUUCUGAUUGUUCAUAAGAAGGAAGAUUCGAGAAGAGCUGUGAUUGAAACACUUUCACGCACUUCAUCCUCUAAAAAGUCAAGCUCAUCUGAUGGAAAUUUCAGUUACAUCAAUACAAAGUAUUCAUCCGAAUGUCCGGCUUUUAAGGGAAGUCAGACAUUCUUCACGGCUGGAUUUGAUGAAAUUAGCAAAUUGGCCAGCGCGCAGUAUGAAUUUCCUGAAAGAUUCUUGAAUAACAUUCUUCUGCCGUUAUCUAUAAAAACGGAAGAAUAUCUCAAUCGCUUUGGAACAAUUUUCGUUAUAUCCGGACUCGCUGCGGAUUCUGACCUGGAUGGUAUAAGUGAUAGCAAAGUAUCAGUGCCGCCGACUCAUUUCUACCGUAUCAUCAUAACUUGUAAAGGCAGCUGGCUAUCAAAAAAUCCUCCAUUGUGCAAAACGUAUGAGGAAAUGAAAGUUUUGGCAUUCGUGUUUCCUAUCCUGGAUGGUAAAAGCACGAUGGAUUGCAUGAGUUCGGACGAAGUGCUUCUUGACUAUACGUCUACAAUUGAAGACGUUGAAAGGAUAGCGGGGAUUCAAUUCCAGAUUGGAGCACUCAGCCACCAACAAAACGUUUAUCUCCGUAGAAAUAUUACAACUUCUUUGUGGUAG